UAAACAAUAGAGAAUACGGAGGGCAAGUUUGAAGUUGUGCUGCAGGUUUUUUCCUGACUGCGCUGAGAAGGAGACAACAGGUGGCUGGGAAAGGCUGAUGAGAAAAGGAAACACUCAUCAUACUGAAUGGGACCUUCACCAAAUCUCAGUACAUCACGUCCAGGACGCUGAGACUGCAGAAGAAGAGAAGCGUUUUGUAGACAAUGUGCUGCAGAUGCCCAACUCUGUUCAGGAUACAAUGAAGCGCCUAGGCUCUAACACAGAGGAUCGCUCACGCAUCCCUGCUGCCCUCUCCUGUCUAAAGAGUCCUACAGAAACAGGUGGAGAUGUGAGGUCUGAAUCCCAGCAGCAUAUUGAUGUCUUCCCUGCCAUCACUCCUUCCACCAAAAAGCAGCCUACAAUUAAGCACGGCCGAUCCAUCUCCAUAUCCGUGGUUCCGUGUUCGGGUGACAACCAACCUCACAUAUCUACUGAGGAAAUGGUAGACGCCUUCUCAUCGGAGCUGAGCACCGCCUCCAGAAUUCGAUCUUCCAAGAUGCAAACAACCAAAAGUGCCCAUACACUGCCGCGGCAUUCCCAUAAACUACUGCAGCUCCUGCCCAUUUCCAUUGGACCAACACGAAGCAAGAGUCAUGAGUUACAAGUGGUGAACUACACUGAAGAGCCUGCAAACCAAAAGGUCAAUAGGAAGAAGGCGCUGGCUUCUAUCCACCUCAAUGGAAAGAGUCUCGAUGAUUUAAAUCUACAUUCAUCCCCGCUGUCUGCCCCCACACACGGCCCUGUCCCUGCCUCAGCCCCAUACACGAUGACUGCCGCUCCCACAUCCCUGGACAACCUUGCAGUGCACAGGAGUUCACCUCAGACAGUGAAGCGAGAUAUUGGCUUGGCUGUUACACACAGGUUUUCAACAAAAUCGUGGCUCUCACAGAUAUGCCAAGUGUGUGGCAAGAACAUGAUCUUUGGUGUAAAGUGUAAACACUGCAAAUUAAAGUGUCACAACAAAUGUACCAAAGAUGCUCCCUCUUGUCGGAUAUCAUUUCUCACAUUGCCAAAUAUGCGAAGGGCAGAAUCAGUGCCGUCUGAUAUCCAUAAUCGUAUUGAUCAAAAAGCCAAGCUCCCACUGCAGUUUGGCACAUUACCAAAGGCAAUAACCAAAAAGGAGCCUCCUGUCCAGCUGGACUCCAGUAGUAACCCAUCAUCAGCUACCUCCUCCACACCUUCCUCUCCAGCACGUUCCCAGCAGAGUAACCCACCCAGUGUGGGUGCCACACCCCCACUCAACACGUCUCCACAAGGUUCCCAGGGCAACAACUUCCACUUCCCAGCAGAUGUUGCUGAUUCCAAAAAUUCCAAUAGUCAACAGUCUGACAGCUCCAACGACUCUGGAGUAUCACAGACAGCUAUUACUGAGACGCAAGUAAAAGCAGCUGAACAAGACCAGAGAGCAGAGGAGAAUCAUCCUGCUUGCCAAGUCAAGAGCUUCUCCAAUGAGGACUUUGAUGAAGAUGGGCUGGAAGACCUCCCCUCGUCUAUCUGUCGUCGUCGGACUGUUGGCCGCUGGAGGGGGGGCAUCGACCGUAAAGCCAGUCAGACCAGUGUUUACCUGCAGGAAUGGGACAUCCCAUAUGAGGAACUGCAACUCGGAGAGCUUGUAGGAAAGGGUCGUUGGGGGAAGGUGUUCAGGGGUCGCUGGCACGGUGAGGUAGCCAUUCGCCUUGUGGAGGUCGAUGGCAAUAACCAGGAGCACCUGAAGCUUUUUAAGAAGGAGGUGAUGAACUACAGGCAAACCAGACAUGAAAAUGUCAUCUUGUUCAUGGGGGCCUGCAUGGCCCCGCCCCACCUUGCUAUUGUCACCAGUUUCUGUAAAGGGGUGCCUUUAUACUCUUUUGUAAGAGAAAGAGGUCAUUUGUUGGAUAUAAAUAAUACCAGACAGAUUGCACAAGAAAUUGUAAAGGGAAUGGGCUAUCUGCAUGCAAAAGGCAUCAUUCACAAAGAUCUGAAGUCCAAGAAUGUUUUCUAUGACUCCAACAGAGUAGUUAUAACAGAUUUUGGUCUGUUUGGGAUGGCCGGUGUGGUAGAAGAAGGAAGAAGAAAGAGUGUGUUGAAAAUACCCCAAGGAUGGAUCAACUACCUGUCCCCAGAGAUUGUGCACGUGAUGAGCCCAGACGUUGCUGAGGACCAGCUGCCGUUCUCGAAAGCUGCCGAUGUUUAUGCUUUUGGUACAAUCUGGUAUGAGCUGCAUGCUAGAGAUUGGCCAAUCACCAACCAUCCCGUGGAAGCCAAAAUCUGGUUAGUGGGUAGCAAUGAGGGCAUGAAGAGGGUGCAGACAGAUGCCAACCUGGGCAAGGAAGUUAUGGAGAUCUUUUCUGCCUGCUGGUCAUUUGAAAUAGAUGACAGGCCGACCUUCACCCAGCUGGCGAGUAUGUUGGACAGGCUGCCGAAACUGAACCGCCGACUGUCCCACCCUGGACACUUCUAGAAGUCUCUUGAGUCAGUAUGAUAGAAAUUGGGGGUCCAACCAACAAUCAACUUCACUCACAGUGAUACACAAAAAGGAAGCUUGAAACGACAGCAAAUAAACCAACAUGACAAGAACCAGAUUGAUACGUAAAUCACUCGACGGAGUUCUUCACAGUAUCUAUCAGUAUCUAUCCACUGUGAUCUGCUUGGGAAAGGAGGGACAAUUGAGUACAAUACUUCAAGCUGAUUGGGUGAUGUGGCAAUCUGUGCAGCCUGUGCAGCCUAUCAAACUUUUGUUUUGACCAAUCAAAAACCAGAAUCAGGGAGUUAAAGAAGCACAACCUUCCAAAAAGAAAGUGUGAGUAACUCUGCAGAAACAGAAUUAAUCGCAGCAUCCAUGCAUUCGUCCACCGGUGUCACCAGUGUGGUUGGUUCAUUGGUUUUCCCCGGCUCAGCGCUUCUUGUUUUUGGCGCAGAAACUUAUCUUGACCCUAAAUACAUUUUUGCUUUGUGAUUGGUUCGGUCAUUCAGUUGUGCGAGCCUGGGACAAGAUGGAUUCUUGUGUUUUUGUAAACUCACAAAUACCGUGAGAAUUCAGCUUGUAAACAAGGUUAGAAAUUAACUGCCCAAAACAUGAUUUUGCAGAUUGAUGAAGUUGUUUUGCAAUGUAUCAGGAAUGUACAGGAAGUGACUUUGCUGUGACUGUUAAGUUUGUACUUUUCAGAAGUUACGUAAAUCUCCCUUUUAAUUUUUCUCUCUUCAUUUUGUGAUGUCCUAAUCCAUGUUCUCCUGCUGUACCUGAUCACCAUGUUCAGGAUUUUGAAUCCCAAUAUUUCUCUUUCUUCUAUACGCCUCUGUUUAAAGCUGUUAUUAUGUUCAUGUAUAUCCUCUCAUUUCCACUCCAAUGGUGGACCAUGGGAUCAUUAUCAUCGCUCAUCCUCCUCUCAGACAAUAAACAAUAAUACUGUACAUAGUAUUGGUAUGUAGUGUAUAUAAUAAUAAAUACUUUACUAUUAAUGUAUUAAGCACUGGGUGCUCACUUAUGUUUUUUAGAUCAUUCAAAUGUAACGGUUUGAUACUUAUUAUGCAGUAAUGCAGUAAAUACCCUACAGCACAAACUGAGGCUGACUUUCUUACACAAGAGUUUGAAAGGUCUUUAAAGAUACCAAUCUAAAUGUCUAUUCCCUUGCUUUUGAAAACACAUCUGUAACACUGUGACAUAUAAUCAAAUUAGCAACAUUUAUUUAAAAUUGUUUCCAGAAGUCAAUUCAAUUUAACAUUUGACCAAUUCUGCAUUUUUAUCACACAAUAUGUGCGUGUUCACUCAUUUAUUUUCGUUUAUUUUUAAGAUCCCCUUGAAAGACAAAGUUUACAGGAGAAAAUAAGAUACCUUUGCAUAUUUCAAUCAAUUCUCAGAAUAUCUACAGGAGAGUGUAACUUAACAUCCCCCUUGAGAGGUUAUAUUAAUAUGUAUAAUAAAUUAAAAACGGAAUUAACAUUAAGACUUUAGUGACAUAAUUGUCAUAGUUUCUGCAAUUCAAAUUUUGCUUUUUUUAAGUGCUAAGCUGCUCAGUAGUUCCUCAUCUAACCGGCUGACUGCUUCCUCCUCUUACUUCACCACUAACUGUUUUUUACUGUAUACAUUGCCACCACUUCUCCCUGUAUUAAAAAGCUUCAUAGCACAGAGGCUGCUGUAUUCAGCUUAUUGGCUCUAGCUCCUCUUCAAUGUACGCCAGUGGUAACAUUAAAAUUGAUGGUUGUCAUAGUUUAUGAACAAAUGUAUAUACAGAGAUAAGAUGAAUUGCUGUUCAAAUGUUUUUAUUGUUUCAUUUUGUUUUUCAAAAUACCUUUAAGGACACAUUAUGGGAUAUGAAUGUUUCAAUUGCUUGUAUGCCAAUGUGUCUGCAAUAUGCACAAUAUACACAAACCCUCACACUAAAUUGACAAAUAUAAUUAGGCAUUUUGGUGAUCAAUACAAUACAAUACAAUACAAUACAAUACAAUACAAUACAAUACAAUACAAUACACACGCACACAAAAUAAACAAUCAGCAGUCAUCAAAAAGAGAGCGAG